AUGCUCCUAUUGAAAAAAUCCAAGACUCCGGAAAUCCAAAUUAGCGGCAAUGCUCCAAUCGAAAGGCUCAGUGUCAUUUCCACAGAGAGCAAUCUUGACUUUGACAAAAUGCUACGUAGCUCGUUCUACUACGAGGUGUCUAACUUUAAUGGCUUUCUUGAACUUUUGCAGCAGCUCGCUUCCUUUUCCUUCUGGCUCCAAUUGACUAAGGGAGACUCGUGUCUCGUUAUUGAUUCUCAAAACCCGAACAGAAUCGAUCUCCAUCUCAGUGAGCACGACCUCACUCUGAACAACUACAUUACACGAUACCUCAAAUUCACAAAGCAGAGUCCGAUGAAGGCAAUGGGGGAUACCAAGUCGUAUUAUAGAACGAGCAUGACGUACGACGAUUCCAAGACAACCAAGGACCAUAGAGACUUUCGAUUUCUUCUCGACAGAGUCUUUAGCGAUGCAUUAUUGAGGUUGUCACUGAAAAGCGCUGUCACCCUCCUAGAAAAUCAUAGACAAACUCCCAACGUUAUGUCUUUACAGAUUAAUGAACGUGCAGAUUUAAGUCCACUCAAAGCCGAUCACAUUGAUGAAUCGCACGAUUUCUACGAAUAUCUCAGUCUUCUCCAUUUAAAUAAAGUGCCUGAAAUUUCCAGGAGCGAGUAUGAAAAAGUUACCAGUAUGUACGAGGUACCAGCAAUUGGCCCAAGCGGAAAUUCUCCAAAGCACUUAUUUCUAUUUGCAUUCAAAUUUGUUCAUCCCGCAGUUCUUCAAGAAGUUGUGAUAAAAGACUCCGUCAUUUCCACUUUGUCAAAUACAAAGCUGAAACACCGACUCUCGUAUCGAAGUGCUUCAGGGCUCUACACUUGGAUGCUCGCAUAA